AUGCCAGUUGGAGACAUGGGGGCUUCAAGUCAAGUCCGCAAAAUAAUGCAACGAUCAAGGUCACUCACAGACACGCAAAGCGAUGCAUACGUGAGGACCAGACGAGACAACGCACGCACCCACCCACCCGAUCCAAACCCAAACCUUCGCUCAUCCAUCUCCCACACUCAACCACCAAUGCUAAGAGACGAAACUGUGGGUUCCAGAAGCGCCAGGCACAGCAUUGCCGCCGCCACCGUCUCCAACAAGGUUCUCGUCGCAAUCAAGGCGGAGAAGGUGAUCUCCAACACCGCAUUAGCCUGGGCGCUCACUCAUGUUGUUCACUCCAGCGACUCCAUCACGCUCCUCGCCGUUCACUCUGCUCACAAAACCGGCAGAAGGUUCUGGAAUUUUUCGAGACUCGCUGGAGAUUGUACGACUGGACCGGCGGGGAUGUUGCCGGAGCGAAUUUCCGAUAUCUCCGAGUCUUGUGCGCAGAUGGUGCUUCAGUUGCACAAUCAAGUUGAGGUUAGAGUGAAGAUUAAGGUGGUCACGGGUUCUCCCAGUGGUGCUGUGGCGGCGGAAGCUAGAUGGAGCGGUUCCCAUUGGGUCAUACUGGACAAGUAA